AAUUUAAGAAUAUAUUUAAAAAUUAAGAUACCAAAUUGUUUUCAUCAAACCAAAUCAUUAUAUAUUAAUGUUUGGGACAAUGGUUGCUAUGCCAUAUACACAUUUCUUAAUUUCUUUCUUUCUCCUUGAAGAAAUAAAUAAACCAUGGCACAAGAAUCAUUCAAAGUUAUUGAAGUUUGCAACAUUGAACCAUUUCAUGAACCAACAAAACCUUCUCAAUCACCAACCUCACUUCCAUUAACUUUCUUUGAUCUUCUAUGGCUAAGAUUUCCACCAGUUGAACGUCUCUUCUUCUAUGAAUUCACAAACUCAACCAACAUUUUCUAUGAAACUUUUCUUCCAAAUCUCAAACAAUCACUUUCACUCACACUUCAACACUUUCUCCCUUUCGCCGGAAACAUAGUUUGGCCUAUUGGUUCAUCAAAACCAAUUAUAAACUAUGUUCCCGGCGAUUUUGUUUCCUUGACAGUUGUCGAGUCAAACUCAAGUUUCAAAGAUAUUUCUUCUAAUCAUUGUGAUGCUUCAAAAAGACAUCAUUUGAUACCCCUUUUGAAUACUUCACAUGAAAAAGCUUCUUUGGUUUCAUUUCAAGUCACUUUGUUUCCAAACAAUGGUUUUUGCAUUGGAAUAACAUCACAUCAUGCUGGUUUAGAUGGAAAAUCUUCAACAAAUUUUAUGAAAUCAUGGUCCUAUAUUACAUCUUCUAAUUCUAACCUUGAUUCAUCUUUUAUAUCUUUACCUGAAAAUCUAACACCAUUUCUUGAUAGAUCAUUGAUAGAAGAUCAUUACAAUGGAAUUAGUGAAGGAUAUGCUAAUACUUUGAUGAAACAUGGUGGACAAAGUCUCAAAGUUUGGGAUUCUUUUGGUACAUCAAAAAGUGAUGCAAUCAAAAGUUUAUUUGAAUUGGCACCUUCAAAUAUUCAAAAGCUUAAAGAGUAUGCAAGAAAUGAGAUGAAAAAUAUGAAUGUUACAAAUUUGUCAACUUUUUCAAUUACUUGUGCUUAUGUGUUAUCAUGUUUAGUAAGAGUAGAACAACCAAAGGAAGAAAAAGUGAUUUUCAUAUUUAGUGUUGAUUGUAGAGCAAGAUUGGACCCUCCAAUUUCUUCUAUGUAUAUUGGAAAUUGUGUUGCAGGACAAAUAGUUGAGCUUGAGCCAAAGAAAUUUAUUGGACAAGAAGGAUUUUUAAGUGCUUUAGAAGGGAUGAAUAAAGGUUUGAAUAAGGUGAAAAAUGAUGGAGUAUUGAAUGAUGCUGAAAAUUGGUUAGAUAAUAUGUUUAAUGGUAAUAAGAGCAUUAAAAUAUAUUCUAUUGCUGGAUCACCAAGGUUUGAAGUUUAUGGUAUUGAUUUUGGAUUUGGAAAGCCUAAGAAAGUUGAUUUGACUUCAACAGAUAAAACAGGAGCAUUUUCUAUUAGUGAAAGUAGGAAUAAUGAUGGUGGAGUUGAGAUUGGUUUGGCUUUGAAUGAGCAAGAGAUGGAAGCUUUUUCUACCUUUUUUGUUCAAGGACUUGAAUAGUUGAAUCCAUUUAAAGUUUUCAAACUUUAGUACUUUUUUGAAGGUUGAAUAAUUCUCUUUCAAGCAAUUUGUUGUGUUAGAGAGAUUUUAUUUUUUGUACGUAGUAUGAAUAAAUGAAAAAUUGAGUGUUGGUUUAUUAUUUAGUUUACAAAACUUGUAACAUUAAUGCAAGUAUCUAGAGACUCUGAUCAACCAGAGAUUACCAAAUUUUGGAGUACUGAAUUCGAUUUCUAUUGAUAAAAAGAAAUUUUUUGUUUA